AUGGUAAGACUGAAGCUAAAGGUUCUGUUUAUGUCUAAACAGGCUAACUCAGACAUCAAGUAUGACAAUCAUACGCCACAGACUGAGGGGGCUGGACUGGCCUCACUCAGGGAGCAGUGGAAGGCUGCGUUCACAACCCAACACAGUGACUCUCAGACAACACUGGACAGCAAAGAGAACUCCAAGCAAAAGUUAUCUGGAAAUACAACAGGGCCACACUGCUGUCAACUGGUCUCUAAGAUCUACAUACAAGACCUGGGCUGGGAGAACUGGAUCAUCUACCCAGAGAGUUUUACCUUCACCCAGUGUGCAGCCUGCAGCCCACAGCUGAACCCUGCAGGCCAACAGUGUGGAGCGCACCUUCCCCCACAGGAUUCCCCUCCAGAGGUUUCCUGCUGCAAACCUGCAUCCCAACACCUGGUGCCAGUGCUCUACCUGGAUGACUUCAACACACUGAUCAUCUCCUCCGUGUAUCUGACACAGGACUGCAGCUGCACACCAGCCAUCAACCCCCAUCGCCGUACUUACUAGACCUGUCCAUUCUCCAACAGUUUUAUACUAUAGUAUAGAGCUCUGUAAAUAAGAUCCAUAUUCUACAUUUUAUAUACUGUGUAUGGUCAUGUUCCCAUGGUCACAUGAACCUCAUCGCCCUACUAACUAAACAGAUGUCCAUUCUCAAUGUUCUAUACUAUGGUGUAGAGUUCUGUAAAUAAGACCUACUGCAUUAUAUAUGGUCAUGCACACGUCACUGAUGUUGCAGAUCAAAACAUUGGGUUUUGGCGUGUUACUUUAAAUUAGGCGUUACUUUGAAUGUCUGUUGUUGCUCAUCUAGUUUUGGGAUUUCUUUCAAACUAUAAUCACAUUGUUCAUGGAAUAGACCUACUGUAUUGUAUAGUUGUUAGGGCUGACAUGCAAAGCAUCAUUGUGGUUUUGUCAAAAUAGCUUCAUUACAUUUAGUAAAAGUGUGUAAUCCUGUGUAAGGUUGUAUCCUUCAUGUACCUUAUUAGCUCUGAAAGAUGUAAAAGGUGUAUGAAAAAAACUACUUUGUACCUUCUUCUCUAAAUAAGGAAUAUUUCACA